AUGGAGGUCUCUAGACGAGGGUCCGCUGCUCAGCAGACGACAAAAGAAGAGACCGAGAACAAAAGAAAAGAUGAAGCCAUUCACCUGAAGAGGAGAAUAGGCCUGCUGCCCGCCAUCUCUUUUAUCAUUGGCACUGUGGUGGGCAGUGGCAUCUUCAUCGCUCCUAAAGGUGUGUUGAUGAACUCGGGCAGUGUUGGGGUCUCUCUGAUCGUCUGGACUCUGUGUGGUGUUCUCUCUCUGUUUGGUGCUCUGUGCUAUGCUGAACUGGGCACAAGCUUUACAAAAUCGGGGGGUCACUACACCUACCUGCUGGAGACCUUGGGACCCCUACCUGCCUUCCUGCGGCUUUGGACUGAAUUUAUUUUCAUCAGACCCGCUGUUGCCUCUUAUGUGGCUCUAGCAUUCGGACGCUAUGUAGUCGAGCCAUUUUUCAUGCCUUGUGAGGCUCCAACAGUUCUGGUUAAAUUGGUCAGCAUCUUGGGAGUCACGUUCGUGGUGGCAGUGAACUGCUGGAGCGUGUCCUUAGCUACUCGUACGCAGGUCUUGCUGACGUUCAUCAAGAUGUUCGCUUUGAUCCUGAUCAUUAUUCCAGGAAUCACGGCUUUGGUUAAUGGGAAAACUAAAAAUUUCAAGGAUGCGUUUCACUCUGAAUCUUUCUCUGUGACCAAAAUUCCGCUGGCCUUUUAUUCUGGACUCUAUGCGUAUGGUGGAUGGUUUUAUUUAAAUUUCAUAACCGAAGAGGUCAUCAACCCCAACAGAACCUUCCCACUGGCCAUCGUUUUCUCCAUGGUUACGGUCACCGUGUGUUAUGUGCUGGUGAACGUGGCUUACUACACCGUGAUGACAGCAGAUGAGCUCCUGAUGUCGGAUGCUGUGGCAGUGACUUUUGCCACUCGCGCUCUGUUGAGUUUAGCUCCAGUUAUUCCUGUGCUGGUCGCGGCUUCGUGCCUCGGGGCUCUAAAUGGAGGAUUAUUUGGUGCAACCAGGAUGCUGUUUGUGGGAGCCAGAGAGGGUCACAUGCCGGUGAUCUUCUCCAUGAUCCAUAUUCGCCGACACACACCACUACCCGCUAUAUUAUUUCUGUACCCUCUGGUGGUCAUCAUGAUAGCAAGAGGAGAGAUCUAUGAACUGAUCAACUUUGCCUCUUUCUCACGCUGGUUUUUCAUUGCCUUGGCAACCCUGGGGAUGCUCAUCCACCGAUACAGAUUCCCAGAGCAUCCCAGGCCAUUUAAGGUUCCUCUGGUUAUCGCGGUGACUUUUACCCUGGUGUGUUUCUUCAUCGUGGGAUUGUCCUUGUAUUCUGACCCCUGGAAUACGGGGGUAAGCUGUGCCCUCACAAUCGCAGUGGUUCCGGUGUAUUACCUGACAAUCAAUAAUUCAUUUAUACCCAACCGCUGGAAAAACUUCUUUGAUUAUUACAGCCUGAAGCUGCAAAUACUUCUGGAAGUGACACAGCAAGAAGUUCAAACCUACUGAGCGAGUGUUCAUCAAACAAUGUAAAACACAGACAUACAUAUACAUAGACACAUCAUUCAUUAUGCCGUUGACCGUUUAGUGGCGCUAACAUUAAAAUACAAUACGAUUCAAUGGGCAUACAAUUCAGCAAUGAGAUGUACAAUCUUCUGCUGGAUGGGAAAAUGAGUCAAAAAAUGUCAUACGUGCAUUAAAAGAGGGAUCGUAUUUAGAAGGCAAACCAUGUUUACUUUGUCAAACGUUAAAAAUAAUAAUAUUAAAAAACAGGGACUAAAUAUGUUAGCACUAGCAAGAAACGAUUUUGUAAUAACUCACAAAGAAACACCAAAACGUGUUUUACAAAGUAUCCUUUUAUUCAUAAGAAAGAGGUACAGUAGGAAGAGAACCCAAAAUGUAUGCUUUGGAUAUGAUCAUUAGCCUCUAGAGUCUGUUCGAAAAGUCCAAUUGCCAAAAAGAUAACAAUGGUCACAUUUUUAUAUGAUUUACACAUCACAUCACAUCACACAUUAUGAAUGAAGUCUUUUGUGCCAAAAGUGAACAGGGAUCUUACUGACAAAUGUCAUUAAUGACAUUGAUAUCUGACCCAAAAUGUUCAUUCAUGUUCUAAGACUGCAAUUACAUCAUUGAAAAAAUAUCACAAAACCAUCUAAUUCUCAUAGCUGCUUUUCAUGAAUAAUUGUGUUUGCUUAGCAUAUAUGAACUGAACUCUACACAUGUUAACCUUCUUAUGCACAUUAAAAGCCUUGGAAUAAACCACACUUCUUUA